GAAAGCAUCCUAAAAUGUCUCCAGACACCCUAAAUAAGGCUGAAAAUCUGAUUGACUGCUUGGCUGCGGAGGUGAUGAAGCGUAUAACCUCUUCUCACCAGGCUAUAGUUUACAACGUCCCAGAUUCUCUGCCUCUGAAGACUAUAAAACACAAAAUCCUGAUCUGUUGUGGCAUGGCUAGUGUUCCACGUGAAUGCAAAAGACUUCGUAACAAGUCUAACCAGGCUAACUGUCCCAUUAUUUUUAAGUUCAGUAAUUCCCUUGAUUCUAGUAAGUUUAUUAAAUGUCACGAUCACCUAAGACUGAAGAGUAGUUAUAAGUCUAUAACCAUAGCUCAGGAUAAAACACCUUGUCAGCGCAGAAUAAUGCGCAGUAAUAACCUGGCCACCUCCUCCAGCUUAGAAUUACCCAAAAGCUAUCGUGCACAGCAACAGUCACCUAAUGCUGACAUUAGCAUUCAGCAAACCACACAACAACCACGCAUGGCAAUGGAACUAGGAACUGAUUUAGAUACCAGUACCCCUGUAAAUAACGUCUCACCGAAAGAUGUUAAAAUAGGUAGAACUGCUGCAAGCCGUUCAAAGAAAUUCUUACCCAAACGUGGUGACCUCACCACAAUGAACAAAUUUCGCCGGGUUGAGACUAAUGAUGGGGUAGAAUACUUCGUAUUCAAUAAGCUUGCUGAGAGUAAGACUGUCAAAAAACCCUCACCUCUUACGAAAAGUUCCUCUCGAAACGCAAGUCAGGCCCCAAAACCCCCAAAGUCUUGCAACCAAAGCACCUUCCCUCUCAAUUUCCUUUAAGUUAUAAAACCAACACGAAGGUGUGUACAGGUAUGAUGGAUAGCACGUGGAUGGGUAGACCAUUUGAUGCUAUGCGUUUUAACCGUCAACCCAGGCCCAACCUACACUAUCCUUAUAUCCAGGAACACAUGGUAAAUUUUCCAAGUGUCCCGAAUCACCGGUACGACCCAUGGCACCUAGGACCACCUCACUGCACUCUAACCCCGAUGUACAGACACUCAAUCCGACCCCUGUAUCAUUCAUAAACUCUUGCGUUGUUGACGCACAAACAGAGUUAGGUUAUGGUGAUAUCUUAAGCCAGUUUGUAGUAUCCCGUGACUUAUUCACGAUAUUGCUAAUUAAUGCACGUUCCUUAAUCAAUAAGAUAUCUGAACUAAGAACAUUAUUAUUUAUCGCCAAGCCUACUGUAGCUCUGAUUACUGAAUCAUGGUGCUCAUACUCUGUACUUGAUGUGCAUAUAGGCAUAGAUGAUUACACUGUACACCGUGCAAAUAGCGACUGCAAGCGUGGUGGAGGAUGUCUCAUAUAUAUACAUAACUCAUUCGUAGCCAGUAAGGUGGAAGAUGAAAUACUGAACGAGGUACCUGAUUCACUCUGGGUCGUCUUACAAGGAGAUAAGUACAA